CUCACAGUUCCCAGGAUGUGGGCUGCACCUCUGUCUCGGCUGGUUGUCCUGCUGUGGGCAAUGGGGACCCUGCUGAGGGCCAGAACCCCCAGAGAAGAGGCCUUACCUGGGGAAACCCCUGCAGGCACCAGAGGUCUCAUCUUCCACCAAGACUGGGACUGGCCUCCAAGCAGCCAGCAAGACUCCCUGUGCCUGGUUGCGCUGAGUGGGGGUGGCAACAGCAGCAGUGCCCACCUGCGGGUGGUGGGAGCCCUAAGGGGCUACGAGCAGGCCUUCCUGGAGGCCCUGCAACAGGCCCGCUGGGGGCCCCGUGACCUGGCCACCUUUGGGGUCUGCACUCCCAGCCAUGACCACACUGCCCUGCUCCCUCUUCAGUGGCUUCAGGCGUGGCUAGGGGAGCCACGUGGGCAGCAGCUGGUGGUCCUACACCUGGAGGAAGUGACGUGGGAGCCAACACCCUCGCUGAGGUUCCAGGAGCCUCCACCUGGAGAAAGCCCCGCAGGGCUGGCGCUGCUGGUGCUGUACCCCGGGCCUGGCCCAGAAGUCACUGUAACAGGACCCGGGCUGCUGGGCGCCCAGAGUCUUUGCCUAUCCCGGGACACCAGUUACCUGGCGCUGGCCGUGGACCAUCCCGCGGGGGCUUGGCACGGCCGGGGGCUCGUCCUAACUCUGCGGCACCGUGGAGACGGUGCCUCCCUGAGCACCACCCAGCUGCAGGCGCUGCUGUUUGGCGCCGACACCCGCUGCUUCACGAGGAUGACCCCGGCCCUGCUCCUGUUGCCGCGGUCCGGGCCUAUGCCCAUGCCCGCGCAGGGUCGGCUGGAUACUCUGCCCUUCCCCUCACUCAGUCCGACCCCGGAGCCCGAGGAGCUGCCGCCUAGCGCCGACCCCUUCCUGGAGACGCUCACACGCCUGGUGCGCGCGCUGCGGGGUCCCCCAGCCCAGGCUUCGCUGCCGCGCUUGGCUCUAGACCCUGCCGCGCUGGCCAGCUUCCCGCAGGGCCUGGUCAACCUGUCGGACCCCGCAGCACUGGAGCGCCUGCUUGAUGGCGAGGAACCCCUGUUGCUGCUGUCGCCUGCCUCUGCCACCUCCGGCGACCCCACGUCGCUGCAGGGUCCCGUGUCCUCGCCCUGGACGGCGGACCUGGCGCGCCGUGUGGCUGCGGAACUACAGGCAGCUGCCGCUGAGCUGCGCGGCCUCCCAGGGCUGCCGCCCGCUGCCCCACCGCUGUUGGCACGCCUGCUCGAGCUGUGUCCUGAGGACCCCGGGGACUCAGGUGGUCCUGGCGGGCCGCUGCGGGCGCUGCUACUGCUAAAGGCGCUGCAGGGCCUGCGCACAGAGUGGCGUGGGCGGGAGUGGAGCGGGCCGGCGCGGGCACAGCGCAGCGCGGGGGCCGGGGCCGCAGCCGCAGACGGGAUGUGCGCACUUCGAGAGCUGAGCGUGGACCUUCGUGCAGAGCGCUCUGUGCUCAUCCCCGAGACGUACCAGGCCAACAACUGCCAGGGCUUGUGUGGGUGGCCGCAGUCCGACCGCAACCCACACUAUGGUAACCACGUGGUCCUGCUGCUCAAGAUGCAGGCCCGUGGGGCUGCCCUGGCGCGCCCGCCCUGUUGCGUGCCCACGGCUUACGCAGGCAAGCUGCUCAUCACCCUGUCAGAGGAGCGCAUUAGCGCGCACCACGUGCCCAACAUGGUAGCAACCGAGUGCGGCUGCCGAUAACUCCGCGCUGCGCCCCGACUGGCACCCCUAUCCAUAUUUAUUCGGACCCCAAGCAUUACC